UUUGAUCAGUACUUAAAUGUGUUAUCUUCUUUCUAAAUUACUUAAAUAGAGUGCUUACCUUUUUCAAACUCAUAUUUGUGCAUGUAGUUAUAAUAAUGUUCACAAUGUUUAAAUUUGCGAUUGGUGCAUUGAUUCUAUUUUUUAUUUUUAAUGAAUCGCAUUCAAAAGAAUUUAUAAAGAUUAACAGCAAGCACCAACAUUACAGUUUCGUGCCGGUCCAAUAUACAAAAACUGAGUUAUUAAUUAGAGGAGGUAGCCAAGCAAAAAUACUCUUGUCGACAACAUCGGCUGCUGUACCACCUUUCUUUGAAAUUACCAUAAGCGGAGACCCAAAUAUCAACCAUAAAAUUGCACAAGAUUCAUCUGAAAAUAUACAAAUUCAAAGCGCUGUAAAUGAAACAACAAUGAUCACAGACGUGGAAUUCACAUACUUUAUGUUGAUGUGGGAUGAAGCAGAUAUUAGAGUGUAUCAAGGAAAUUUUGAAGAAGUGAUUCGGUACAAUAGCACUGGAACUGGAAGCAUGAACUUCAUUGGAUUCGCAGCUAGCGAAGAAAGUAAAGUCACGUUCAUGAUGCCAUACAUGUAUAUUUGCAAUAAUAAAUAUUAGAUUGAAAAUAUAUCAUUAAAUCGAA